CCCUUCCUCAAUAGAUGUGAACGGGAUUUUCAGCCCUUAUUGAGUCGGAAUGGCCCCUUAGUUUCACAUUACGGUAUACUUGGAAAAAAGGUGCUCACGCUCAGCUAUGACCCCCAAGCCCUUCAGCCCAGAAGAAAUCCAGAGGAUCCUGGGAUCUCUCCAGAGGCCUGCCGUCUUCCUCAACAUUACAUGUGAUUGGCCAGUGCUCCUCUGGACUGUAGACCACCUGUCACGAUGCCUUGGAGGGAAGGCUGUCCGGUUCAGAAUGGGAAGGAGACAGCAUGAAAAGAAGACACCUCUUUUUGAGACUCAGUGCUCAUAUGUGGAGGCCAGACUGGAGGAGUUUCAGUCCUGGACAGAGGGGCAGACUGGUGCAGAAGAUGUGGGGUGUUUCUCUAACUACCCCCUCUCACUGUACUGGGCCUAUGCAGACUACAAAUACAUCGCACUGCUGCUCCAAGAAAAGCCCUCCAUGUUUGAGGACGUAGUGUGGUCUCAGUUUGGGUUCCCGGGUCGUAACGGGAGAGACAGCACACUGUGGAUUGGAACAGAAGGUGCCAAUACUCCGUGCCACCUGGAUUCCUAUGGGUAUAACCUGGUACUACAGGUGCAGGGAAGGAAGCGUUGGCACCUGUUCCCCCCUGCAGACACGGGUUGUCUGUACCCCAGCAGGAUCCCCUAUGAGGAGUCUAGUGUGUUCAGCCAGGUGGACGUGCUCCAACCAGACCUCCAGAGGUUCCCUGCCUUCAGACACGCCAGGGCCUACACAGUCACGCUGCAGCCUGGACAGGUGCUGUUUGUCCCCAGACACUGGUGGCACUACGUGGAGUCUAUUGACCCCGUCACCGUCAGUGUCAACUCCUGGAUUGAGUUGGAAGUUGAUGAUGAGGCGAGAGUAGGCGAGGCCCUCACCAAAGCCAUUGUCUGUGCUCUGAAGACGACACCUAGUGACGACAAUGAUGAUGACUGGCUCAAUCCCACUGAGGUGGGGUUGGUGGGACAUGAUGAGAACAUGCAGUACCUGAACCUGGCUGUGGGGGCCUGCAUGGAGAAGAGGGGGACUACAAGUCACCGUGACCAACAGACCCAGGACACCCCAGCAUGUCCAGGGGCCAAGCGUGACUCCAGGGGCCAAGCUAAGAACACCAGCUCUUCAUCACGACCAGCAGAGGGUUCUUCCUCCUCGUCAUCCUCAUCUUCCACACCAUCCACCGUGCCCUUCGGCCCUCACCUCAUCCCUGUGACCUGGAACCAGAUCACCAAACAGGAAACUACAGAGCAGAACCCCAAAGACCAAGACGGACCAUCCCCAUCCAGAGACUGUGACAUAAUCAGGCCUAGCAGCGUAACACAAAGCACCCCACUCAAACCGGUCAGUGGGAGUAGAGCCCAGCACCAGCAUGGAGGGGAAGGCAUAUCCAGCUCCAGAUCAGCCUCAGACCCCCAAGUGUUACCACAGCCAGGGUGCAGAGAUCGAGGAAGGCCAUCACCUUGGGACAGAGACCAGGGUGAAGGUGACAGAGCACACUGCCUCGUAUCCAUCACCACCAACGACCUACUGCAGUGCCUGGUUCACCCUGAGGUCAUCGCUAGGGUCACUGAGCUACUGAUGGAGAGACAGAGUCAGGUCAGGCACAGCCACAGCCACAACACCAUAGCUUCAUAGUCUACAUUCCAAUGCUCAUACUAGCAUGCUACUUAGAUUGAAUGCCACAAUACAUUACUUCAUUCUAAGUGGUAAGCUAGUAUGGAUAUUGCAGCAGAGCCUAACAAGUAGAUUGUAAGUUCCCUCAAUUGUUAAAAAUGGGGAAAGGAGUCAUCAAUAAGUCUAUAGAGUUUAACAGGGUUCAGUUGACUUUAGCAGCUGGGGUAGUCAAGGUACAGUAGAUCAUGGUGUUAAUACCUCUGACAGUCGCUCUUAUUUCCCCUAAUACUGCUGAGUCUCUCUGGUUACGUCCCAAAUGGCACCUUGUUCUCUAUAUAGUGUACUACUUUGACCAGAACGGCUUGAUGAUGAGGCGGGAGUAGAGCGGUCCUGGUCUAAAGUAGUGCACUAUAUAGGGAAUAGGUUGCCAUUUGGGACACAAGCCUCUGUGGAGUUAGCAGUGAUUCAGAAACCACUGAAUGAACGGCCGUGCUCUGCAGGUCCCAUAUGGGAAAUCCUGCCUGGCUGAUCGUUAUUCCACAGUGUCGGAGAAGGGAAAACAGAAAGAGGUGGGGCUUCACACUUUUCUAUAUUUUCUAACCCUCCUGCGUCUUCUUUUUCUACCCCCAUCAACACUGAGUGUACAGAACAUUAUGAACACCUGCUCUUUCCAUGACAUGGACUAUCCAGGUGAAAGCUAUGAUCCCCUUUUUGAUGUCACCUUGUUAAAUCCACUUCAAUCAGUGUAGAUGAAGGUUAAAGAAGGAUUUAUAUAUGAAUGGAUUCUAACUCUGUAUACAAAACUGUAUUGUCAUAGGGAGUUGAAGUCCUGAGUAACAGCGACGCAUUUAGAAAACAUUCCAUACCCAGUCAAAUGCAUUCCUGACAUUUUGAUGUGGUCUGUCAUAAUGAAAUCUGAAAUUCUAACUCUGCACUGAUAUAUGUAUAUAUUGCUCCUCCAUAUACACAUUCUCUCAGUCCUUGUGUAAUGAUUGUACAGUGAGAUCAUUGGAAGAUUUCUAUACACGCCAAGCCAAUAGCGCUCCAAAAUAGCACUUCAAAUUCAACUUUGUAUAAUCCUUGUAAUAAUAACAGUGAUAGCUAGUAUUUCUCAGAUGGCGGCUACAUUUUCUGCCUUCCAUUCCCCAGCUGGUAGAUUAUGUUUGCGUCCCAAAUAGCACCCUAUUCUAUAUUUAGUGCACUCCUUUUUAGUAUUUUUUAGUAUUUUAUUAGGAUCCCCAAUUAGCUGCUGCCAACCUGGAGCUACUCUUCCAGCGACUACUCUUCCACUAUAGACCAGGGCUCUGGUCUAAAGUGGUGCACUACAGUGAGGGAAAAAAGUAUUUGAUCCCCUGCUGAUUU